UUAAUUCUUGUCGCAUUUCAAGGUCCAGUUUUAUCGGAGAAAAAAUGACGUAUAGUCGAUAAGUUCUCGGAAACGCUCAGAACAGCUAAUCGCGCAUUUGCAUGUCGCUUCGAUAAGUGACAUCUGAAAAAUGCGACUUCGACAUUUCUCUGACAGAAGUCUGACUUUCGUGACUUUGAAUGAAAAUGAAUUGUCUAAAACUAUCGGAGACCCUAGAGGCGUUCGGUCAUGCCGGCAUCUGCAUAAGCACCGAGAGCUCGCAGCUGCUGCAGAAUUCGCUGAUUAUUUUGCAGGCGGAGAAUCACUUUCGAAAAUGUUAUUAUUGGGGAAGGAUAAACGGGAUUCAGAACGACUACCAUGUCGCGUGCGGUUUCGAAAAGGAUUGCAUGAACGAUCGAGUGUAUUAUUACAGUAUCGAUGGCAUGAACUGGCUGCUGUUGCCGGCAGCAACAAAGUGCGGACGGUUCCUGAGCCCUUUGGCGAUUAACAGAUUCGAGGGCGAGCCCUCCAUCGUAACGAACGUUUAUAACGUAAAUCCGCCAUUUCCGCCGAACGAGGAUCCCCAAAUCUAUUACGACGGUCCCAUGCCGAGAGAACUGAAAGAAGAGGACCGCCUGGCGGCCACCGUGGAAUCUAUCAUGGCGGACGCCGCCGUGAUACCGCGCGGGGCCUGGUUCGAGUGCGCAAACGGCGACGUGAUCGAAAAUCCGAGCUUCGGCGGCCUGUCCGCCGCGGACGCGUCGCAUCUGAGCUCGUACUUGCACGCUCGUCCUCCGAAGGAAAAGUGGAACGCCAAUUUACUUUCCCGGCCCGAUUACAAUUACGCGCUGGACUUCUUAGACGGCAUCGACACGGACGUUCCUCAAGGAUGCUGGGACCUGCAAUUUCUGCAGGGCGGUCGUCUCGUCAUUUUGCACAGUCUGUACUGGCACGGGUUGACCUUUUUCCACAAGCUAAAUUCCCCGCAUUACGGAUUCCUGUAUGUUGGGCAUGGGAAAAAAAAUCUAGAUAUGCCAUUCAUGUUUUAAUGCAAAAGAGAGAUGUAAUUGCAUGUAUGUCGCUCGCUCGGCACGUUAAUACAUAAUCAGCGAUAUUGAAAAAUUUAAAGUGCGCGUGUAAAAUUCAUAAAAUCGCUAACAAUGCCGUGUGUUCGAAUGCACCGGGCGUAACGAUGACGUCAUCCAUUUUAAUUCGACGUUUCGGAUCGCACGGCCUGCGACGUGAAGUAUUCAGCGAAUUGCAGAAACGAAAUGAUUGGCCGAACGGGUAAUCGAUAUAUGCAUCGAAAUAAUUUGAACCGCCAUUGUUCCUAACGUCCGGUUUCCGUCAGUUCUCGUCGCGAAAAUCCAUUGUCCGUUCGUGUUCUCGUUUUCGUGUCCGACCGACAGCCUUCAAAUUCGCGGCAACGUUAAAUUUCGUGCUUCCUGCGGAAUGAGUGCGUCCUUGUGUCGCUCGAAAUUCACGAUUCCGCGAAGCGGGACCCGCGCCGUUUCGGACUCGGUUGACAUACGCGGAAGCCUCCGAAUCACCGCAAGUGAGUCACCAUUUUGUAUUAUACUGCACGCGAGUAAACGAGAGAGAACAAAAACUCUCAUGUAACGCUUAACAUAUUUAACCUAGCCAAGAUAACUUGGAAAGGUUAAGGUAAAGGAAGAUUGAAUUAAAUCCAGCCAAGUCCCAGGCAGAACACAUUGGUUUCAAAACCGUUUCAUAAACGUUUUGCCGUAACGUUUCAUAACCAUUUUA